UUCAGCCUCCAUCGACGAGUGUUGGGUCGCAAAUUUGUAAAAUUAUUACAAAAUCAUAAUGGAGAACGACGCCGGUGAGAAUGUUGAUUUGUACGUGCCCCGCAAAUGCUCGGCAUCAAACAGAAUCAUCCACGCCAAGGAUCACGCCUCCGUGCAAUUGAGCAUUGUUGUUGUGGAUCCCGAGACCGGCCGCCAAACCGAUGGCACCAAAACCUAUGCCAUCUGUGGUGAGAUCCGUCGCAUGGGCGAGUCCGACGAUUGCAUUGUGCGUCUGGCCAAGAAGGAUGGCCUCAUUACCAAGAACUUUUAAAUAAUGUACACACAAGAACAUGAAUUGGUAAUAAAGUGAAUUCCUUUUGUAUUUAACGUAAGGCCCACGUAA